UUUCUUUUUGUACUGUUGUCUGCUGAGAGAUACAAAAUGGGUUCGGUGGAACGAGCUGGUGACGCUACCUCUGAAGUGGAAUCCGGAGAAGAGGAGAUAGUUGGUGGCGGUGAACUUGCUCAACAUUUGAUGAAAAGUGGUAUGACUCGCAAUGAGAUGAUAGCUGCCAUCACAAAUCGCCUUCAUGCGGAGACGCUGGCUUCUCUCCCUCCCAAUGUGCGCCGGCGUAUUCGCGCACUCCGCUCCUUGCAGAAAGACUUUGUGGAUAUUGAGGCCAAGUUCUACAGUGAGGUGCAUACACUUGAAUGCAAAUAUGAAAAGCUGUACAAGCCACUUUUUGAAAAGAGGGCGCAGAUUGUUAAUGGUUUGUAUGAGCCAACUGAUGAAGAAUGCCAGAAUCCAUGGCGCGAUGAGUCCGAAGAGGAGGAAUUGGCGCGUGCCGUUCAGAAAGCUGCCAUCACAGAGGGUGAAGACAAAGACAAGACUGGCGAUGAAACUAAACCGGCUGAACCUGUAAUGGAUCCAAAUGUUAAGGGUAUCCCAGACUUCUGGUACACCAUAUUCAGAAAUGUAUCAAUGCUCAGUGAAAUGAUGCAGGAACAUGAUGAACCUAUUCUCAAAUGCUUGCAGGAUAUUAAAGUGCAAAUGCAUGAGGAUCCAUUUGGCUUUACUCUGGAGUUUCACUUUGCACCCAAUGAGUACUUUACUAACACAGUUCUUACUAAGGAGUAUGCAAUGAAAUGCAAGCCCGAUGAUGAUAAUCCAUUGGAAUUUGAAGGACCUGAGAUUUAUUCUUGCAAGGGUUGUGAAAUCAACUGGAAGAAGGGCAAGAAUGUAACGGUAAAGACUAUAAAGAAGAAACAAAAGCAUAAGUCGCGUGGCUCUGUUCGUAUUGUCACCAAGUCAGUGCAAGCGGAUUCAUUCUUUAACUUCUUCUCACCACCAGCUGUUCCAGAGGAUCCUGAUUCUGAUAUCCAGGCACUUUUAACGGCGGACUUCGAGAUUGGCCACUACAUUCGCGAGCGAGUUGUCUCCCGUGCUGUGCUCAUUUACACGGGCGAGGGGCUCGACGACGAUGAUGACGACGACUACGAGGAGGAGGAGGAGGAAGAAUGCUCAACGGAAGAAAGUGACGAUGAGCAGCCAGCUCCAAGGAGAAGAGGAAAGAAACAUGUCAAGGGCCAGCAAGAAACUCCUGCAGAGUGCAAGCAACAAUAGCGCUAAUUUAGGUCACAAAUGUAUGCUUGCGUUUCUAAGGCCCAAUCUCGCUGGCAACUGGUAAACACUCGAAUAAUUUUGUUAAUCGAGUCUGUUGUCUAUACAUUAUUGUCUAUAAAAUUGACAAUUUGCCGCAGGUGUAAAUUAAAUCCACUGUUUGUGCAGCAACUCGUAAUUUCCCUAUCCUAUCCUAAUAAAUAAUAAUAAGAAUUUAAUGAUCAUCCUGCAACCAUAACAGUAUAAACCUCUGACUUUAUUUAAAGAAACGUCAAGGCAACGAAGUUAAAAAUAAUUGUCUAUGGUAAUUUUUUUAUUUACUGGUAAGCAAAUCAACGGCAAAUGGCUACGCGAACUCUCCGGCCGUCCAAAGAAUAAGAAAACUUCCUACAAUUUCUUUGUGAUACAGAUUCCUACAAUUUAAUAAACUUGUUAUAUUUUUCUAUCCUUUGAAAGUUUCUAAUUUUUAAUUUUUGUUUUGGAGUAAAACUUCCUUACACAUUCCUUUAAACGACGUCGAGAUUUCUAACCAACUUAUGUAGUAAUAUUUAAAAGAAUAUUCCGCCUUCGAUAUUAUGUUGCCUUCAAUAAGAUAAGUUAAUGUUUAUAAAUUUGUAAGUGUGCAAAUGGAUCACAAUACUGAAGGUAUUUUUGUUAUUUGGGAAUGCAGUUUUAAGAGUACUAAAACUGCAUACUAAUAUUUAUAUUUUGAAGAAAAAAAAAAUACGAUCAGGUAUAUUGCGGCUUAGUUUCUUUGUUAAUUUUCAUGUAGUUACAAUACAUUUAACUGUCUCUGAGACUGUAUGUUAACUAUGACAAUGUAAUCAAUUCAAAUUUGUGUCAAUAAAUACAUAUAGGUGGUUAGCAUUAACGUUGAUGAACCUUUGUAAUAUAUUGUUAACAUCUGUAAUGUCAAUUGAGAGGAUUGCUUAUAAUAAAAUAGUUGUUUAAAUACGAAUCUUAAUUGAGCUGCAUCGCGUACACCAGCUACUAGGAUAUUUGUACACAUUUUCUAAAGUAAAAAUGAAAUAUUGAAUUACUAUUUUUGGUUUUUAUUCCAGACCACGUUUGACAAGCCCAAUUUUUUUUAUUGUGAUUUUGCUGUUUAACAGAAAUGAUACUGGUCGAUCUUCUGGUUUGUUUCCCAAUAUCGCCUUUUACGACACCCACGGGACAUAGAUCAUGGAUAUUCUUACACCGCAACACGACAAUGUACAAUGGUAAUAUACCCUUCAUGACGAGAAGGUACAAACUAUCCCUGGGGGUAUAAGGAAGUGGUGAGGUUUGGUUGCCACUUAUGACCUAGCAACAAAUCUAAAGAAAUUCUACUAAAUUCUUUAUUUUAUAUUAAUAUCUUAUAUUAAAUUAAAGUCUACGCGCAUGCGCGACUACUACCGCGCAUGCGCGAUGUCAUAUAGUAGGACACAAUUUUUGUUUGGAAUAGCUUCUCUAGUACGCAGUACAUAUAACUCAAUGCUUCCAACGAAUAGUAUAUUCGGCGAUACGUCGAAUACCGAAUAUUAGGCAAAAGUAUUUGGCCGGAUAUGGAGUAGUGAUUAUUCAGAGCGUCAUAUCUGAAUUUGGGAUUGUUUACGAGAAGAAAAACUAGUAAACGACUGCUUAAAAACCCAGAAAAUAUGGCUUUCUGCACCCUAAUUUACAUCUAAAUUUUAAUUAAGGUAAUUCAAGUGAUAGGCAUUUAUUAGAUAGCUUUUUUGUUAAUUUUUAUAAUGCGUAAGUUUAUGAUAUUUAUGACUACAAGAAAAUUACAAUAUUAUAAAAAGUCAAUAUAUUAAUUUUAAUAC